UGUGGUCAGACGGCCUGCAAAUUGUGUUUGUCUAGAGUGUUCAGAUCUCUUUCGUGUUAGUUCAUGUGGUCCUAACCCGAACUAAGGCCAACAGACACACUCUUACAGCAUCUGACAACUAUAGAGGUUUGACAACAUCAGAUUCUAGUUGGACCGACCAUGCAGUGCAUCCGAUUGUCUCCCGCGCUCUUCUUCUUCAUUGUGCUCGUGACAUCUGUCUACUACUACUACAUCCAGAAACAGUUGGGUGAUCACCAAGCAACUCAAGCCAUUCCGAGAGUCAUAGAUACCAACCUAACUCAGAGGGACAUACAGGCGAGACCGUGGAAUACGACUAGGAUUGGUCAGGUUCCGGUGAGUGUCCCACCUAAAGCCAAGCAGCAGGAACUCAUGGAGAUAGGGAAUCCUCUGUUUAGCUCUGAUGUAUCAGAACCGUCGACGUCGAAAAGCAAAAGAACGAAUGACACAUGUGAGCCACAUUACAACGUGGCCUUUCUGAAGGUUCACAAGAGCGGGUCCACUACGGUUUCCUACGUGCUCUUCAGGCUCGGUCUCUAUCGCGACUUGAUUGUUGCUCUGCCGUCUAAAACAGAAUGUGACAUCAUAGGGCACUUUGGAAUCAUACGAGAUGACGACUUCGAACGUCUCCCUAGCGGAAAACGCUGGAACAUCUUCGCCCACCACGCCAUAUACAACAGAACACGCUUUCACCAGCUGAUGGCUCCAAAUACAAGGUAUGUUACCAUUUUGAGACAGCCUUUAGAGCGCCUUCAGUCUGCUUUCCACUACUUCAAGCUUCAAACCAGAUUUCCUGGGAUGGAGAAUGAAACGGCCAAUGGAACAGCUCACGUCACAACCUACCUAAAGAACCCUAGUUUCUGGGACCCGCGUUUCAAGCCACCCGACAGCGAGAUAGACAGAGAGAACUUCUGCUUUAGGAACUGUAUGGCGCGUGAUUUGGGACUUUUACGGAGGGACUAUGACAACUCCACCGCCGUUAGAGAGUUCGUACACGGUAUCGAAAACGAUUUUACCACGGUGAUGAUCAUGGAAUACCUUCCGGCUUCCUUAGUCCUACUAAAACGACGCAUGUGUUGGACUCUCUACGACAUCAUUUACAACACGCAUCAAAGCAAGAAGUCAAAGUAUACUCUCCAAGCAGACAUCACAAAAACGAUGGAAGAAAACUUCAACAAGCACAACUAUGCGGAUGUCGUGCUCUACGAUCAUUUCAAAAAGCUACUUUACAAACAGAUAAAACAAGAAGGCGCUGACUUUUUAGAAGAGGUGAAGUAUUUUGAACGCGUCAACGACCAAGUUUCUCGUUUCUGUGCCAUGAAUAAGAUUUCUAAAUGGACACUACGGAGGAAAAUGCCAAUCGAAGAGAGCAAAUGGAACGACGCUUUCGUUGUUGACAGAUCAUUUUGUUUACAACUUUACUUCCUGAGGCCGCACUGGGAUUAUGUAUCGUGGUUGAAAUAUUAUCUACGGCCUAGCACAGGACAAAAAAGAAACAGAAUGUUGAAGUAUUGUGGAUCACCCAUAAAACGGUCAAGAGCAGAUGUUCAAAUAGUAAAAGAGUAUAUACGCGGGUGAGAAAGUCGCAUAUAUACUUUGGGCAUUGCAGUUCAAUGGGCUUCCAAUGUGACCACUAGGACUGGUAACCGCACCAUCGGGAACUCGCAGCUAUCUCUGCGGUGCUGCGAGUGUAGCCAGCCCGCCCAGUUCAUUAUCGCAGGCCGGGGGAUUUUUUACUAGGUUUCAUCGCUAGAGUAAUACUAGAGUUCCACGACCUAUAUUAUUUAUCUAUUUAUUUGUUCAGCUGUAUACAUACAG